CUGAACGGGGCUUUGGGGGCUGUGCGGGCAGCGCGGAGCUUUGCGGGGCUGCGCGGAGCUAAGCGGGGUGUGCGGGGUGUUGAUGGCUGCGCGGACUGUGCCGGCUGCGCGGGGCUGAGCGGGGUUUUGGUGGCUGCGCGUUGUGCGCGGGGUGUCGGUGUCUGCGCGGAUUGCGCGGGCUCUGCCGGCUGCGCGGGGCUGCGCGGGGCUGCGCGGAGCAUGUCGGCGCUGCGGCGCAAGCUGGGCGAUGAGUACCAGGUGGUGAGCACCUCGGCCAGCGGCGGGGGCCUCCCGCCCCCGCGCAGCGCCCCGCGGGGGAAGCGCCAGCGCUUCGUGGACAAGAACGGGCGCUGCAACGUGCAGCACGGCAACCUGGGCGGCGAGACCAGCCGCUACCUGUCCGACCUCUUCACCACGCUGGUGGACCUCAAGUGGCGCUGGAACCUGUUCAUCUUCAUCCUCACCUACACCGUGGCCUGGCUCUUCAUGGCCUCCAUGUGGUGGGUGAUCGCCUACAUGCGCGGGGACCUCAACAAGGCGCACGACGACAGCUACACCCCGUGCGUGGCCAAUGUCUACAACUUCCCCUCCGCCUUCCUCUUCUUCAUCGAGACCGAGGCCACCAUCGGCUACGGCUACCGCUACAUCACCGACAAGUGCCCCGAGGGCAUCAUCCUCUUCCUCUUCCAGUCCAUCCUGGGCUCCAUCGUGGACGCCUUCCUGAUCGGCUGCAUGUUCAUCAAGAUGUCGCAGCCCAAGAAGAGGGCGGAGACGCUGAUGUUCAGCGAGCACGCCGCCAUCUCCAUGCGCGACGGGAAGCUCACGCUCAUGUUCCGCGUGGGCAACCUCCGCAACAGCCACAUGGUCUCGGCGCAGAUCCGCUGCAAGCUGCUCAAGUCCCGUCAGACUCCGGAGGGGGAAUUCCUGCCGCUGGACCAGCUGGAGCUGGACGUGGGCUUCAGCACGGGGGCUGACCAGCUCUUCCUGGUGUCCCCGCUGACCAUCUGCCACGUCAUCGACUCCAAGAGCCCCUUCUACGACCUGUCCCAGCGCAGCAUGCACACGGAGCAGUUCGAGAUCGUCGUCAUCCUCGAGGGCAUCGUCGAGACCACGGGGAUGACGUGCCAAGCCAGGACAUCCUACACGGAGGACGAGGUGCUGUGGGGCCAUCGCUUCUUCCCAGUGAUCUCCUUGGAGGAAGGGUUCUUCAAAGUGGAUUAUUCCCAGUUCCACGCCACCUUCGAGGUGCCCACGCCGCCCUACAGCGUGAAGGAGCAGGAGGAGAUGCUGCUCAUGUCCUCGCCCCUGAUCGCGCCCGCCGUCAGCAACAGCAAGGAGAGGAACAGCUCCGUGGAGUGCCUGGAUGGGCUCGACGAGGUGGGCACCAAGCUGCCCUCAAAACUGCAGAAAAUCACCGGGAGGGACGACUUCCCCAAAAAACUGCUCAGGAUGAGCUCCACCACCUCGGAGAAGGCCUACAGCAUGGGCGACCUGCCCAUGAAACUCCAGCGCAUCAGCUCGGUGCCCGGCAACUCCGAGGAGAAACUGGGCUCUAAGACCACCAAGAUGAUGUCGGAUCCCAUGAGCCAGUCGGUGGCAGAGCUGCCCCCCAAGCUGCAGAAGCUCUCGGGGGGCGGGGGCAGGAUGGAGGGGAACCUGCCGCCCAAACUGCGCAAAAUGAAUUCCGACCGCUUCACAUAGCGGGAUCCCCGCGGCAGGGCUGGGGCUGCGGGGGCAGCGGGGGCUGCCGGGGCUCGGGAGGAGCCGGGCAGGACUGGAGGGAGCCGGGCAGGACUGGAGGGAGCCGGGGUGGGCUCGAUGCGGCAGGAGCAGGGAGCAUCCCGCGGGGUCCUUGGCAUGUCCCAUCCCAGCGCAUGCGGUGACCCUGUGCCCCCCACCCAUGGCAUGACCCCUCCUGUGUUUGUACUCUGCAUCCCCAAAACCACGCAGAGGGGCCUUCCUUCCCCUGCAUUCCCCAGGGAACAGGGACAACACCCCGUGGGGGACGUGCAGGGUAAGCUGAACUUGAGUUGAAAGCGUUUGGGUUUGGUUUUUUUUUUUCCCUUGCUGCGGGUUGUGAUUUGCUCACCCAAGUUUUUUGCUGCAUGUGGUUUGUUGGGUUUUUUUUCUCCCAAGGAGGUGUUUUGUUUCACUCCUCACACCAAAUCUGCUCGCCUUAAAUCCACUGCUGCUUUCUAGUUUGCUUUCAGGGUUUUUUUGGGGGGGUUUUGUGCCCUGUGUCAAAGCCACUGGGAAAAAUACCAGGAAAAAAAUAAAUCUGUAUUUUAUCAGGCUUUGUUUAGAGAAGAAACUCGUGUUCUUAAGCCUGGGGCAAAGUGAUAAAUAAAUGACUCAAGUUCGCAUUUUA